UUAUGCACCGCCGUUUUCUAGCGUCCAUUUUACCCUGGCACGUGAAAAACAUUUUUAGCCUAGAAAUACGUCAGCAUUAAAAGCGUUAUUGUUGCAAAGUUUACUUAAGACCGACUGAAACAGAAAAUAUGGGAGGCCAUGAAGAUGACGAUAGAGGUGGCCGAAGACGCAGUCGAAGUCGUAGUCGCGAACGUCAUCGUCGUAGCAGGAGCAAAGACAGGAGGAGAAGUCGUAGUCGUUCUCCCAGAGAUAGAUCAUCAAAGCGUAAACCACGAAAGGUCCAUAAAUAUUGGGAUGUAGCUCCACCUGGAUUUGAACACAUCACCCCACUACAGUACAAGGCUAUGCAGGCAGCUGGGCAAAUUCCAAAUUUUACGCUACCAGCAGCCAUGACAACCAUCGAUCCGAUUCAAAUUCAACAACAGCAACAGCAGCAGCAGCAACAGCAACCCCAAGACCAGCCCCCUCUGGAUAUGUCGGAUCCAUUUGAUCCUGACUCUGCAAUGCCUGUUGUUGGUAGUCAGAUGACUCGACAAGCAAGACGUCUUUACGUUGGUAACAUUCCGUUCGGGGUCAAUGAAGAAGCUAUGAUAGAUUUUUUCAACCACCAAAUGCACCUGACAGGCUUAGCUCAAGCACCUGGUAAACCAGUUCUAGCAGUCCAAAUUAACCAUGAUAAAAACUUUGCAUUUUUGGAGUUCCGUUCUGUUGAUGAAACAACACAAGCUAUGGCAUUUGAUGGUGUUGUGUUCCAGAAUCAAUCUCUGAAAAUACGCAGACCCAAAGAUUACCAGCCUGUGCCGGGUGUAGCAGAAACUCCAUCUGUGCACGUACCUGGUGUUGUUUCUACAGUUGUCCCAGAUUCGCAGCAUAAAAUCUUCAUUGGUGGUUUACCAAAUUAUUUAAAUGAAGAUCAAGUUAAAGAACUGUUGAGUUCAUUUGGUCAGCUGCGUGCAUUCAACCUGGUCAAGGACAGUGCAACAAAUAUGUCAAAGGGUUAUGCGUUUUGCGAAUAUGUUGAUAUAAACCUAACUGAUCAAGCUAUUGCCGGCCUCAAUGGUAUGCAGUUGGGCGACAAGAAACUAGUCGUACAACGAGCAAGCGUUGGGGCCAAGGGAGCUCAGAACCAGCUGAAUUUACAGGUGCCUGGAUUAAAUCUCUCCAGCUCAGGGCCUACAACUGAGGUCCUUUGUUUAAUGAAUAUGGUCACAGCUGAAGAACUCAGAGAUCUUGAAGAAUAUGAAGAAAUUGUUGAUGACGUUCGCGAAGAGUGUGGUAAAUAUGGCCUAGUACGCAGUCUUGAGGUGCCACGUCCAAUUGAGGGAAUGGAUAUCCCAGGCGUUGGGAAAAUAUAUGUUGAAUUCGCAAAUAUCUUUGAGAGUCAACAGGCGCAGCAGGCUCUGACAGGGCGUAAGUUUGCGAACCGUGUUGUGGUUACAUCAUUCUAUGACCUAGACAGAUAUCGAAGAAGAGAAUUCUAAAAUUGUUAGCUUAGCUUCGGUAAGAGACGUGAACAAGAAUCUGAUUAAUCAUUGAUGUACCACAACAUUUACCGAACAUUAAGGGACAUAUUUUUAAUAGAACUUUUGAACAUGUUUGAUAAAAUUGUUCUUUUAAAGAUGUGGUUUCAUUCUUUAUUUAUUAUUUUUUACAUGUUGAGGAAGUUAUUCAAGGCAUACAUUAAUAAUUAAUUGUAGAUACUACUUCUUUAAAAAUAAUUGUUGGUCUACAGUAUCCACUUUUACUAUAAAUUCAUGCAAAUUAAAAUACUAAUAAUUUUGCUAUUUUCUGUUUAAUGGAUUAGUGUUCAUACAACAUUCCAUAAUGAAUAACAGAAUAAUGAGUUCAUAAACCUAGAUAAUGAAGUUGACAAAUGAAUGCUGUUGGUUGUUUUUUACAAUAAGAUACUGUACCAAUACAGUAUCAAUAUUACUUUAGGAGCACUUUUAUGUAAAAUUAUCUGACAGAAAGGCCUCUGGAGGUUGUUUUUUUCUAAACACAAGUUAAAGUUACAAAUGAUAAAUUCUAGUAAUAAGAAUUAUUUUUACCUUGAUAGAAGGAAAUGAUACAGCAUGUGUUAUGAUUUUAACCCUGCUACAGUGCUAGGGAACACUACAGUCGAGGAACAAUAUAGACCAAAAUAUGUAGACCAGCUUUUUAACUGGGGUGUACAGUACCUUUUGGUAAUUAGACCAACUGAACUAGUUACUUUAUAAGGUAAAUUUGGUACAAUGUACUCCCUUGGACUUGUAUCAUUGAGGAAAGUCCUAAUUUGAUAAAUUAUUAAUUAGCUAUGAAUUAUGCUUUUAAUUUUGACCUUUUAUUUGGCAUUUGAUACAAAACUCUUUUUCACCCCUAAACAUUGUAUAACACGUGAUAUUAUGUGUCGGUAUGCUGUACAGUAGAUUUAAAUGUUUGAAAUCCAAAUAGUGUGUUAGAUGACAGCUGUUUUUUAUUACCAUGCUUUAUGAUGAAUAAAAAUGUCGGUUUUGUGAAAUUAUUGUAGAAUGAAAGCUGUACCAUUUGCCACUAGGAAUUGGAAAUAAUACUUGGCUAUGUACUGUA